AUGAAUAUCUGCGUUAUUGGAAGCGGUUACGUCGGCCUGGUAACGGGCGCAUGUCUCGCCGACUUCGGCAUGAACGUCGUUGGAGUCGAUAAGGACGUGGCGAAAGUCGAGUCCCUGAACCGGGGGGAAAUCCCCAUCUAUGAACCGGGGCUCGCCUCCAUUGUGCGCAAGAACAUGGAAGCUGGGCGUCUCGGCUUUACGACGGAUCUCGGCCCAUCUAUUCAAGCAGCCGAAGUUAUCUUCAUCGCCGUCGGCACUCCUUCCCAGGAAGAUGGCUCUGCCGAUCUGCGGUUCGUGCGCCAGGUCGCAUCCUCUAUCGGCGAGUUUCUCAACGGUUACAAGGUCAUCGUCACGAAAAGCACGGUACCUAUCGGUACCGGCAAGAUCGUCGAAGACCUAGUCCGCAAGGAGGCAGGACCGGCCUCUCGGUUCGCCGUCGUCAGCAACCCGGAGUUUCUGCGAGAAGGCUCGGCCAUCGAAGACUUCAUGAAUCCUGAUCGGGUCGUCGUGGGGACCCGGGACCCACGGGCCGCAGAGAUCAUGUUGGCUCUGUACUCGCCUCUGCGGGUAGCUGAUGUGCCCUUUGUUCUCACCGACGUGGAGAGCGCAGAGUUGAUCAAGUACGCCUCCAACGGGUUUCUCGCCACCAAGAUUUCUUUUAUCAAUGAGAUCGCCCACCUCUGCGAGGCUUUGGGAGCCAACGUUGAAGUCGUGGCCCGAGGGAUGGGUCUGGAUCAACGGAUCGGGCCUCGAUUUCUCCACCCUGGGCCGGGUUUCGGCGGCUCCUGCUUCCCCAAAGACACCCGAGCUGUCGCCCAGAUUGCCCAGGACAACGGACUCAAAUUCCGCAUCAUCGAUGCAGUCCUAGAGGCCAACGACGCCACGACUCAGCGCAUGGUCACCAAAAUCGAUCAGGCCUUCGAAGGCCUCCAGGGAAAGACCGUCGCUGUGCUAGGUCUGUCCUUCAAGCCGGAAACCGACGAUAUUCGAGAAUCUCCGGCGUUGGCGAUCAUUCGCGGAUUGCUCCGUCGAGGGGCGCAGGUUCGGGCCUUCGACCCAGCGGCCAUGGACGCGACUCGUAAGGAGAUUCCAGAGAUUACCUAUUGUGCUGGCUCCUAUGAAGCCGCCGAGGGCUCCGACGGGCUGGUCAUUCUCACCGAGUGGAAUCAGUUCCGUGCUCUCGAAAUGGAUCGACUGGCCGCAGUUCUCCGCCGACCUCUGAUCGUCGACUUGCGCAAUAUCUAUGAGUCAGAACAAGUCGCCUCGGCGGGCUUUGACUACAUUUCCAUCGGCCGCCCGGCGGGUAAUCCAUCCGCUGAGAGCAGGGGGCAUGCUCCAGAAGCUCAAAUAGAAGAGGUGAAUUCGUGA